GAAAAAUUACUGAAUCAAAAAAAUAAAGCACAAGAUGAUGCAAGUGCUGAUUUGAAUUAUAAUUUAGAUAUAGAUAUCGAUGAUUAUCUAUUUACUCAAAUGAACUCUGCAAUAAAUAUCGAAGCAAAAUGGAAUAUUUGUAAAAUAUUCAUUGAUAAUUUGGAUACACCUUUUGAUAUUAAAUAA